CACACCAACCCUGCAUCCGUCAUCAUCAUCAUCAUCAUCGCCUAGUGGGAUUUGUUGUAAAUUUUGCAAACGUAUGGUGGAAGGACAACAGCAAGCAGAUAAAAACGUAAAACCCCGUGCAGAGGAUCGUGACGUUCUUCUGGAAGGUUUUUGGUCCCAGAACCUGCCCACUAAGCAUUUAGCCCUUCGACAACUCAACCCAACCAACGUUCGAUCGAUCCUGCCUGCCAGCCACCGAUUUGUGCAUGCACACUGUGUAUGUAAUUACGCCUUUUUGCGUGUGAUUGAGUUUCUCCGACGCGGGUUUCAGCGCAGGCCAGAACAAAAACACGACCAGUGCGGCGGUGGACGGGCUUCGUCUAGUGCAAGCUAAGGCCGAAAAUCUCGUCAUAGCUUGCAGCUAGACUAUACGGGCAGCGGGAUCCUCCCCCUAAAAUUGGAUGUGCAUCAAGUGAAACUACUGAAAGCUAGCAGGAAGUUAUUCAUCAUGUCGGCCGGACCGUAUAAUUAUUCGUAUAUCUUCAAGUACAUCAUCAUCGGUGAUAUGGGUGUGGGCAAAAGCUGCCUGCUGCAUCAGUUCACAGAGAAAAAGUUUAUGGCAAGCUGUCCGCAUACGAUCGGCGUUGAGUUCGGUACGCGCAUCAUCGAGGUUGAUAAGCAAAAAAUUAAGCUACAAAUAUGGGACACGGCCGGGCAGGAACGGUUCCGGGCGGUAACGCGCUCGUACUAUCGUGGCGCUGCCGGUGCACUGAUGGUUUACGACAUCACACGACGGUCAACGUACAACCAUCUGUCCAGCUGGCUGACGGACACGCGCAAUCUAACGAAUCCCAGUACUGUGAUAUUUCUAAUCGGUAACAAAUCGGACCUGGAAAGCACUCGCGAGGUGACGUACGAGGAGGCGAAAAAUUUUGCCGACGAGCAUGGCCUGCUGUUCGCCGAAGCAAGUGCAAUGACCGGUCAAAAUGUCGAGGAAGCAUUUCUCGAAACGGCGCGAAAGAUUUACCAAAGCAUCAAGGAUGGCCGGCUCGAUCUGAACUCGUCUGAAACGGGCGUCCAGCACAAGCCGGCCCAACCCGGCCGAACGACGCUCAGCAACGAUGCGCAGACGAACAAGGAAAACUGUUCCUGCUAGGAACCUUCGCAUGCUACCGCGGAGCUUCUCCCAAUCCAUCAUGCUUGGUGCAAUGUUUCCCACCAUGAAGCGGAGCGCAACGGAUGCGAGAAGUGCGAACGAAAAAAGGCCCGCGAAAAGCAUAUUUUGCGCUAAACCUAGUUUGGCAAAGGGAUGGGGCGCGCGCUCGAUCUUUAUUGGAGAGUAGGUGGCUGUAAACACUGUAAUCGUUUACGAUCCUGUUCUCUGCACUUUCUGUUGAUAUUCCCUUCCAUCCCACUGCAAACGCAAACAUUCGAAUUAGGAUAUCGUUUUUUUUGUUUUCCUACAACACACAAACACACACACACACUUCCUUGUUUUUUUUUUAAGGUUAAUUUGUUGUUUAAUAGUAUAUUGUGGGGCGGGCUGAAGGGCGUAAAGAAAAAGGAGGGAGGGAGGGAAGGGGGGACGGACGAUCACACAUCGUUCCAAAGACUUCGAGCAACGCAUCGCCGGACCGAUUUUAAGUGAGUGAAGUGAUGUGAACAUCAUAACCCAAUUUAGUCGAUCGCUGAAACAAGAUGUAUUUUAUUAUUGUGGCAAAAUAUAGUAAGAAACGGAGGGGAGCUUUAUUUAUGUUGCCCGCAAUUUAUGUUUUAGUUUUCUUUUUUAGUUUAAGAUAACGACAACAGAAAAAAAACUCCAGCAAACAAAACUAAUGGACACAAUCUAACCAUAGCCGUAUCACCACUUUAACAUUGAUUGUUAAUCGUAAUGAAAGUCUCUGUACGGAUGAAUCCUUUUAGUGUGUUAGGCUCGUCCAAUCCGGUACCGGGUGAAUUUAUAUGCAAAGACAAUUUGCACCUCUAUCACUGUUGUGUGUUUAAUCCCAUGCAUGCAUACAUCGCAACGGUUAGUUUUUCGGCAACAGAGGAACAAAAAAGUAUAAAAGACAACCUGGUUUGAAUCGAAAGGAAGGAAAGGAUAAGCGAGAUUGUAUUUUCUAUCUAAUCCCUAGGAAGGUGCGCUGUAGUGCGGCGUGUAGUGAAAAAUCGUAACGUACGAAAUCUCUCAACGUGUUGAGUACAAACUAUAAAGAAACCAACCAUAUGAAGUAGUUAAAUUGUACGAGGGGGGCGAGGAUGCAAGACGUUUGAAAGGAAACUUCAAUAAAUGAACUAACGAUAUUCCACUUAAAAACGGUUCAGCAAAGUGGAAACCUUUCUGCUGAACACUUCCCUAUCUCUUUCUAUGCAAAAUCUAACUGAUCGUUAAACUUACUCUAGUGCAAACUGGUGGCGGAUGGCGGAUCGAGAGGAUAGUAUCACGGUGGGAAGCAAAGUUUGAGACAGUUCUAAGACACGAUUUAAUUGCAAAAAAAAAAAUGCUAAUAAAUUAAACCAAACCCAGUAACUUUAAGUUGUUGCAGUAAUAUGAUGGCAAGCGAGUAAGGCUGGGUAACACGAACCAAUCUUUGCAAUUGACAAACAACCGAAUGGACGAAAGGGGCAGAACGAGUGACGUAUGUGGCAAAGAAGCAAUUUUCUGUUUUUAUAACUAGUAGGAAGGAAGGUUGGUGGUUAAAUUAUAAUUGGAUAACAAUUUACACCUCCUCAAACAACACACUGGAUAAUUGUAGAAGAGAAAUAAAAAUCUGGACGUGUAACACACGCAGUCUAAGGGCUGGGUCUUGAA